AUGGAGAAACAAGCAUCAGAAAUAUAUACCAAAACAAUUUUUAAAGAUAUUCAGAUUGAAAUUGAUGCUGCCAUUACAAAGUGUAUGUCAAAGUCUCAUGAUAUUGUGGGUGAUGUUCAAUAUUAUGAAAUAAAGGAUUUCAAACAGCCAUGCACAUCUUUAUUCAAGGUUCAAUACAGCAAACAAGAAGAUGGUUUAAGUAUAAGUUGUACUUGCAAACGGUUUGAACAAUUUGGUAUAUUGUGCCACCAUAUAUUUUAUGUUCUACGGUAUGAUGAUAUAACUGAGUUUCCUAGAAGAUAUGUUCAUAGAAGAUGGAUGAGAGAUGUUGUUUCAAAUGGAUCAAAUCAUUGCAAUAUUCGGUUUGAUGAAAUUGGUAGGAAUAGUGAAAUUGAUAAAGUUUUUAGAGAAAUCGUUGUUGCAAAUGAGUAUGUGGUUAAUAGGUUGGUUGGGGAUUUAGAUGAGCUGUGUCGUUACAGGGAUCAUAUUAAAAGUUAUAUUGAUAAAGCGGAUGAGGUUAUGGUUGCUGCGCCGCCUCCUAGUCACAAAGAAAGAUUUGCUGAUAUUGGAGGGAACUUAGAAAAGUCAGAUUCUAUGAUUCGUGUCCCGAUCAAAAUAAGGACCAAAGGAUGCGGUGUACAAAAAAGGAUCAAGUCUAAUCGUGAGAUUGCAAUUCAGAAAUCAUCAAAGAUCCAGAAAUUGUGCCGUGUAUGUGGUGGAAAAGGACAUAACAGUCGCACAUGUAUAGAUAAGGUUUCUUCUAAUGCUAUAGGUUCUAGCAAUGCAAUGUAA